AGAUGUGUGAUUUUUCUAUUCAUUUACUGUGAAAUAGCAUCCAUGUUCAGAUCUGAUAGGUAUUGGCAGUUCUGAUAUGAAGAUAACUCUCAUGCUGUGUGUGUGUGUGUGUGUGUGUGUGUGUGGAACGGCACAGUCGUGUGCGUCAUCUCCAUGUCUGUGCAUGAUAGCUCUGUCCAGGUCUACAGAUAUGUUUGUAAGGGCCGUGUCUCAGAACAGUUCUGGAUGGUGUCCGUACAUUAGUGUGAGUUGCCUCAGGACAUGUGCUGGAUUCCUGACGCGUGUAGAAUUACACAGAGUUUCAUCUGCUGAGACAUUGUAGUCGUAAUCAGUGGUGUUCCGCAGGGCUCCGUAAUCGGCCCUCAGCAUUUCACCCGGCUGCAGUCAGGAUGUCCUCCACAGCGGUCCCCAAACCUCCUCCUGCUCUCUCAGGCCUGGACAACCUCUCCAUCUCAUCGCUGAUGUCAGGAGACCUGGAGAUGGAUGGCGAGAGAGAGGUCGGGGAUCUGGCUGAUCUGGAAGUGAACCCAUACGAUGGGCUGCCAUACUCCUCGCGUUAUUACAGUCUGCUGGAGGAGAGGAAGCAGUUGCCCGUUUGGAUUGUGAAGUUCAGUCUGUUGGAGCACAUGGAGUCUCAGAGUAUGAUCGUCCUGAGCGGAGACGGAGGAACAGGGAAGAGUACGCAGGUUCCUCAGUGGUGUGUGGAGUAUGCACUGUCUCAUGAGUUCUCUCGGGGUUUAGUAUGCUGUUGUCAGCCGUACGCUGCAGCCGCCUGCAGCCUAGCGCUGAGAGUAGCAGAUGAGAUGGACUUGAGUUUAGGGUUGGAGGUCGGCUACAGGGUCCCACAUGAAGAUGGCUGCACUCCUGACACUAUACUACGGUUUGUGACGGACUCUCUGCUGCUGGAGGAAAUGAUGUCAGAUCCUCUGCUGCGGCAGUACAAUGUCCUGGUCAUUGAUGAGGCUCAGGAGCGGACGGUAGCGACUGAUGUGCUUUUGGGUCUGUUGUGUGACGUGUGUCGUCAGCGCUCUGAUCUGAGGGUGGUGGUCCUCACCGCACCGGCCGUCGCUCACACCUUCACUGGGUUCCUGGGAGAGAGCGUCCUGCACCUGAGCGUGCCCUCAGAAACAAACACGGUGGAGAUUCUGUACCGAGAACCGCCGACAGGACAUGAUCUGACCGCUGCUGCCUGUCACGUGAUGCUGGAUUUGCACUGCAGAGGGGAGGAAGGUGACAUACUCGUGUUUCUACCCAGUGUGCAGGAGAUCAAUGAGUGUUGUGUAGUGUUAGAGAAAGAGUGUGUGGCUCUGAGCGCUUAUCUGGGGUCGCUGCGGGUCAUUUCGCUGCACACUGGAGGCGGAGCUUCAUCACAGCAGGUUUAUGACUCCGAGAUCGCUGAAGACAAACAUCCAGACGAGGAGGCAGCUGGUCUCGAGGACUCUGGUGCUCUGUCUCUCCAGCGCAGGGUCAUCCUCACUGAUGUGUUAGGAGAAGCUUCAUUCUCACUCAACAACAUCCGAUAUGUCAUCGACAGCGGUGUUCACCUCAAGACUAUCUACAACCCUCAAAUCAGAGCUGAUUCUCAAAUUCAGAGACCAAUCAGUAAACAGCAGGCCGACACACGAGCACAGAGGGUUAACAGCAAACUGCCAGGUGUGUGUUUUCGUCUGUACUCUCAGUCAUUCUAUGAAGAUGAAAUGUCUGAAUGUCGCUGUCCUGCUGUGACAGAAGCCAACCUCAGUCAUCUGGUGCUGCUGCUAAAGAGACUGGACAUCGCAGAUAUGGGCCAGUGCAAGUUUCUGGACCGGCCAGCUCCUGAAGCACUCAUGCAGGCUCUGGAGGAUCUGGAUUAUUUAGCAGCUCUUGAUGAUGAUGGGAAUCUUUCAGAAGUGGGAAUCAUCAUGUCUGAACUUCCUCUGGAGCCUCCGUUAGCUAAAGCUCUGAUCGCAUCCUGUGAAUUUGACUGUGUCAAUGAACUCCUCACCAUCGCUGCCAUGCUAACUGCGCCGCCAUGUUUUUUAACUCCUCAAGCAAAUAAAGAGGAAGCGGCAGCGACUCACAGACGCACCCUGCUGCAUCUUGAGGGAGAUCACAUGACCCUAAUUAACAUCUACAAUGCCUAUGUGCAGCAUAAUGAAGAUGAGAUAUGGUGCAGGACAAACUUCUUAAACUCCUCUGCAUUACAAUUGGCUGUGGUAAUAAGGGCGGAACUACUGGAGGUGAUGCAGCGAAUCGAGUUGCCCGUGUCUCCACCUGCCUUUGGUUGCCAGGACAACAGCACCAAUAUUAAGAGGGCUCUUAUCUCAGGGUUCUUCCUCAAGGUUGCUCAUGAUGUUGAUUCAGGAAACUAUCUGCUGCUCACUCACCGUCAUGUAGCUCACCUACACCCGUUCUCAUCGUACCUGUGUCGCCGGCCACACCCCAACCCACCAAACUGGGUCCUUUACCACGACUUCACCAUCUCUCAUGACAACUGCAUUUGUAUCGUAUCCGAGAUUCACCCUCAAAUGUUGGUGGAACUGGCCCCUCAGUACUUUCUCGGGAACCUUCCAUCCAGUGAAGGUCGAGAUCUUCUGAUGGAGCUCAGACAGAGUUUAUUCCCACCAGAAGAUCAGGAGAACACGAACGUUCAGGAGAAAAGCCACGAAGCAGAAGCUCAUGAUCAGAACAGCACUGAUAUGUGUCUCGUACAGUGACUGAGUAACUGUAUGCUUGAAGAGUUUACUGUGUGUUAUACUGCAAUACAUGAAACGCAAGCACGCUUCUGUAGCUCUCGGCAGCACAGAUUCAGUCCAGCAGCGGGCACAGUGCAAUGAAGAACAAUUUAUAACAGCCUCAAUGAGUCUAACAUGGGUCAGAGUUUUUGUCAGGCACAGUUAGAUUUCUUUCUAUAAUUGAAGUGCUAUUUAUAUAUAUUUUUAAUAAUGAAACAAGAAAAAAUAUUGAUGUAAGAGGACAGAAUCUGUCUGGAUAGAUUAAGGGAAAGUCCAGUGAAAUGGGUGUAAUUCUUUAAAAAUGACAUGGUUUGUGUGUGUAUACAUCAUAUACACACAUUUUAAAAAAACUGAACACAAGGUGUUUUAUUAGCCCGCUGCGUUUGCAGUCAUGCGUCCCCCCCUCCUCCCCUAUCGUCAUUGGACAUUUACUGACGGAACACAAAAUAGACCACAUUCAUUUAUGUGUGUGUAAACAGUGUACAAUUACCUGACUUUUAAUACAUUUAAACAUUUUCACACAAAUUCAAAGUUGUGGAGCUUCUAUUGUUAAAACGCAGAUAUGUUCAUACUUCAAUGUUUAUUUUGCUUGCAAUUUUAGUUAUGCAUAAAUUUGUGUUCCUCAAUACGGUGCAAAAAUCAGGUUCCUCAAGCUCAUCUGAUUGAGCAUGGCGCUAGCAACACCAAGCUCAUGGGUUCGAUUCCCAGGGAACAGACAAACUGAUAAACUAUAUGCACUGUAAAACACGUUUGAUAAAAGCAUCUGUCAAAUAAAUGACUGUUCCUAGGACAGAAACAAGGUAAAACACAUUUAAUCCAAAACCUUUUGGUCUGCGUUUACACCAUUACUUAAGCACCAGUGGUCGUAGCGGAGUCACCCAAAACAGAUGUGAAUGGGGUCAAUGUGUGGUAUAAUGUGGACCCACAUUGACUUUUACCAAACGUUUCAAACUUUAUUCAAUCCUUCAACAAAAGCAUAAAGACAUGAACCUCAAAUGUGUCCAAAGAGCAAAACCACAUGCUUUUAAAUGAUUAUAAUCACUUCAAUAAACAAGUUCAGUUAAACUGUUCUUGGCUUAAACUGCCUCAUCUCCAUGCCAACGCAAAGAAGUCAACAGCACUGGGUUUGUCAGCGACAUCAGCCCGGGUGAGUGGAGGGUCAGUAGGGUAAAGGUGGUGAGGUCAGAGGGCUGAUUUGGAGGUUUUGUCUACAUUUCUUCUUGGAUUUGGGCUCCAGCGGAUGUCCAAUGUCUUUUCCAUGAAGCUUCAAGCCUGAAGCAAAAACACUCAUCAUUGAGCUUCUAAUCUGUUUAAUCCACUGGCAGAGACUGUCACUGAGGUUUCUUACCAAUGGUUCUCUCAAUCUUGCUCAUGACUUGAUUAUUUGGGAUGGGUUUCCCACUUUCAUAGUCCGUGAUGACCUGAGGCUUCUCAUGAACUUUCUGUUGACAAACAAGCUACAAUUACACAACAGUUGGUUCUGGUGCUCUGAUGGGACUGAAAAAGAGUGUAGAGCAGCAAUAUCCCCUCAGAUGUGCUUACAGUGGCGAGAUCUUUCGGUGUCAGAUUCUUCUCCUGUCGGCUCUGCUGGAUCACUUUACCCACUUCCAGUGAAGCUCCUCCGUCUAGCUGUCUAGUGUCACUGUAUUCUUUGUCACCUGAUACUGCUUAUUCUGUCCUGCUGACGCUGACAGUAACAUCACUCAUACACAUCAUCAAAAGCCAUGACAUCUGCUCUCGAGGCAGAAAUCUACAUUGCAGGAUGAUGAUGAUAUUAUGUAAUUCAGAUGUGUCCGUUUUAAUGAAUGUUCUUUCUUAAUCUGGUUUAAGAAAUAUUCCGUGUUCAAUACAAGUUAAUCUCAAUCAACAGCAUUUGUGUCAUAAUAUUGAUUACAACAAAAUUAAUUUCGACUCGUUCCUCCUUUUCUUUAAUAAAAGUGUUCCAGUGAGACACUUCCAAUGGAAGUCAAUGGGGUUUAAUCUGUAAACAUUCAAAUACUGUUUCAAAACUAUAGAAAUAAACAAUAUGUGUGUAAACAUGAUUUUACUGUCAUUAAAUCACUUACUAACCACAUCUGUGGAUAGUUCUAGACAAUUUUACAAUUUAAUUGCCGUGACAGCGCAACAUCCCAAUUUUUUUUUUUUUUUUUUUUUUUUAUGAAAAAUGCAUUUACAGCUCAAAUUAUACAUGAGUUUGAACAGAAGAAUUAAUGUAAGUGCUUUUAUGAAAUUAUAAGAUUCACAUUUCUGACUUUAAACCUCCAAACACUGACCCCAUUGACUUCCAUUGUAAGUGUCUCACUGGAACACACAUGUGUGCUUUAUUAAAGAAAAGGAGGAACGAGUCCACAUUUAUUUUUGUGUUAAUCAAUAUUAUACCACAAAUGCUGUUGAUUGAGAUUAACUUGUAUUGAACCUGGAAUAUUACUUUAAUAAAUCACAGCAGAUCUGCGUGCUUUUAUUGUUUUACUGUUUACACACUGAUGUCUGUGAUUAAAGGUUGAAGGUUUAUUGAGCGUUCAUAACAACUAAAACUAAGGAAUGAACUUAAAUGUUUCCUGAUCAGUCUGACAUUGGAGCAUAUAAAAUAUUAAUAAGACAAUUUCAAAAAUGUGGUUUCAUAAAAUGAUUUUUGUAGUGUCAUGUUUGUCUGUAUUUCAUUACAUUUCUUGGUGGUCUCCA